GCCACAUACAAUAUGGCGGUGACGUCGACGUGCAAACCUUUGCCCAAUGAGCGUCUACGUCUGAUACGGAGAGUACCCGCCAAACGUAGAAACGUACGAAGAAGGAAAGCAGACGUGUUUGGGGAAAAAAAGUGUGCUGUGUCUCCUAAAGAGCUCUCCUAAAUGGCGAACAUUGACAGUUUAAUCCUGAAGCUGUAUGAUGUGAACGCAAUGAAGUUCGACGAGUACGAGCUAAUGACCGGCUUGAAGUCGCCGAUCUACAUCGACUUCAGAGUUCUUGUCUCUCAUCCUGCUCUUAUGAACGAGGUUUCCAGCCUCAUGUACCAGUCUCCCUAUACGGCCCUGCCUCUGGCCACCAUCAUCUGCUCAAUAAAUGAACUGCCCAUGGUCAUCAAGAGAAAAGAGGCCAAAGACUACGAACCUAAGAAGAUGGUAGAGGGGUCGUUUCUUGUGUUGGGCCAACAGUACACAACCUCAGAAGAGACGAUCAACAAAGGCUCUGACGCCAUCUUUGAGGGACAAGGCAUUUUGGAGGUGCCGAUAGGGUUGAAGGAACGAACAAGAUCUGUGGAUCGGCUUGUGCAUUUUGGAUGUGCUGAUAAGGUUGAAGCGGCAGAGUUGUAGAAAAGGCGGGUUGGGAAGCAUAAGAACGAAAAGUUAAAACCAGCAAGAUCUCUGGAGCGGAUUGUGCAUUUUCGUGUUUAACUGUCAAGAACCUCUAAAGGACGGCAAACAUUAAGGGACAAUCCAGCCACUAAAUAUUAGCAACCCAUUUUGUUCAUUUAAGUUCUAUAAAUUCACUAUAUAAAUUCAGUCCAUUUAUCAUUUAAACCAGUCACGGUUGUCAACUUUUUCAUGCAAAUGCCAUUCUGCAUUAUUAUUUUUUGCAUAUAAACAUGGUUGAACAUUCUUCCACACACUGUUUUUUUUUCAUCCUGCAUUGUUGCAUUCUGAUCCCUGCUGCACUUUAUAUCAUAAUGUUGCCUUAUCCCACCUGUAAUCUCACUACACUGUCGUAAGAUGUAUGCAAUGAAAUUUUGUUCUGUAUGCACUCUGUACAAACAAAAUAACAAUAAAGUUUUCUAAGACACAUGUCUGUCACCUGGA